AUGACUAUUGGUUGGAAAACUCUUGAUGUCGGAGAAAAGGCUUUAAUCUACAAUAAAGAUGGUAGUGCAAGGAUCAUUGAAGGUCCACUAAGGCUGUUCCUGUUUCGAGAGCUGUUCAAAAAGAUGAUCUGUUACUCUGCGAAUCAGAAAGAAUAUUUGGUCAUCAAAUACAGAAAUGGCAACACAGAGCACAUGAAAGGACCUUGUACCGUGCACAUGAAUGAGAUCAUCCACAUCAGUGUCGUGGUCAAGAACUUGAUAUCAUUGGAUGCUAAUGAAGCUUUGAUUGUGUACAGCCAAAAUAUUGAAACCCAGAGAGUCAUGAGAAGAAUUCAGUUUGGGCCAACAUUAUUCAUGUUAGGGGAAAAUGAAUGGCUUCAUAACUUCAGCUGGCACGGAACAGACCCAGACAACAAAACUCGGAUGAUACCAAACCAAAAUAAAUUUACUGUACUCAAGAUCAUUGCUGACCAGUUUUACUACAAUGUGGAUGAGGUCAGGACUGCAGAUGAUGCCAUUUUACGGGUGAAACUGAUGAUGUUUUUUGAACUCACAGACAUUGAAAAAAUGCUGAAUUCAACAAAUGAUCCUAUGGCUGAUUUUAUAAAUUGCCUGUGUGCAGAUGUUAUUGCUUUUGCUGCUAAAAGAACAUAUGAAGAUUUCACGGAGACAGCUAGUGAUCUGAACCACCUGGAAAAUUUCUCACAGUUAGUGGAGCGCAGCCAAGCCAUUGGUUACUCUGUCUCAAAAGUAAUUUUCAGGGGCUAUUUUGCUCAUGAUAAACUUCAAAAGAUGCACGAUAUGAUGAUUAUUCAAAGAACAGAACUGAGGCUGAAGUAUGAAAGGGAAGUUCAAGAACAAGAACUGAUACACAAGAAACUUCAGGCAGAUACAGAGAGACUUGAGCAAGAACAGCAACUGGAGCUGGAAAGAUUAUUGCAUGAGCAAAGAUUAGAAAAAGAUGAGCUUCAACAUACUCUAAACCUGGAGAAGGGAAAACAUGAGAAAAUGAUUGACAAGCAAAAGAUGGAAAAUAAAGCAAAGCUAAAUGAAAAUCUGGCCAAAGACAGACUGGAUUUCCAGUAUCUAAGCAGUCUUCAUGGACUCAGUGUGAAUGUCACGGACUUGCUGGUGACACGAGCUGGGAAGCCAGCAAGGGUGACACACAUCAAAGCUUCCAAAGAUGCUGCCCAUAUCCAUAUCCACCACAAUGAUUUGUCUGCCUACCAGACAGGCUCACCUUGA